AUGCUACGCCUUUGGUCCCGCGCCGCCCAGGCGCAGUCGACCUGUGGAUGCGUCUCUUGCCUGAGCACCAGCUCUGGGGGACUAGCAUCUCGGACAGCAUCGGCCGCCAGCAAACGUCGUCUGAGGAUCGGAAACUCGGUGACAGCGUUGUACACCAGCAUCUUCGCCGCAGCCGCAUUGGUGGAUGCUCAAGGCAAGGACCAACGCCGUCUGGAAUGGAAGGAAAAAAUAGCUGCGGUGAAGGAGGAGGUCAACGAGCUGAUGGACGAGGAACGGCGACUCCUAGAGGCUCUCGCGUCACGGCAAAAACCUAGACUCUUCAACGCAACGUUUCACGCACGGCAGUCUCGUCCCUUUCAGAUGACCCCCGAGAUAUUCUCAAGACGCCCAGGGCAACUCUCGCUUCGCUCUUACCACACUGAAACGGCCGCAGAAAGUUUACGAGGGGAUCUCAACGCGGAAUCGGAAAUGGAUGAUAGCCUCGGUCCGGAUACAGUCAAAGAGAACACGAAUUUGCACUCGGAAUUGUCCUCUGAAGGGACCUGGGAUACAGUUAUCCCACGCGAGUCCUUAGGAAGCGCUCUUGACGACGAUACCCCUGAUGAUUUAUUUGUGCUUCCAGUAGGGAUGCAGGACAUGGAUACAACCACAGACCCUAGAGAAUCACCCUUGGGCCGAGACGAACGAGGGUUUUAUCAUCAGAAGAAUACGAUACCGAAAUGGCUUGCAAAGGACAAAGCCCGCAUGAAGGCUAUACGUAUAAUCGCUUUGAGGCAGCUAGCACUCCGGUUCAUGUUGCGCCCUACAAUCGCCCACGACUAUCUGGGCCUUCGAGCCGCGCCCGAUAUUGGUCGAUCACCGCCUGGACUACGCACCCAACAGCUUCUCUCCGAACUGCACAAACUUAGACACAGGAUGUAUAAACUUAAGACGAGGAGGAGAGCCAACUUUGAGGAUCUUAUCCCGCGCAACGACUUGGUUGACGAGUACAAAUUCUCGGAUGUGGAUCGACGGAUUCGAAAGGAUGUUGAGAAUUACUUGUGCGGGGUUACAUCCCUUGAUGAACUUCUUAUCAAGCUGGCGCACAGUCUAAGCCACGCUCUUGAUCCGGAUCGAGUAGUACUGGGACUAAAGUAUAUGCUCUUGGCGUUCACAAGGACUCGCCAAACUGACUUGAGCGAACUGGUUCUGAAGGCAAUAUUGCCUAACAAGUUCCCACUGAACUCUUCUUUGGUUCUCGCCAUACUCAGUCACAACUACAAAUCCAAGAACCUGAGAGGUUGGGAAAUGUUCCUGGACAUGCUCCGGGGGGAGAACUUUCCGGUCGAACUAGGAAAGCUUGGUCUCUACAAACGACAUGUGGUUAAUGGCGUUGACAUUACGAUUCCUCCGUUAAGCUCUACCAACGCUGUCGUUUUUUCCACACUAAUACUGGGAUGCCUAAAUUUGGACCAGCCUGACCGAGCCAAUGCGUAUCUUUCAUAUGCCAGAUCUGUAGGGUACAUGGACAGUUUCCCUACUCUCAAUGCCUACCUCAAAUUCUAUGCCAACCGGAGGGAUUGGCCACAGGGUCUACAGACCAUGAAAAGAGCAUUGGCCUUCAUAGUCUCUUCCACCGAACACUCGGAAUCUCAACUCGAGCGACUUAUCUCGCUCAUGGUGCGCUUCUGCGAUCAAUGCGAAGCAUAUGACAUGUCCGAGGCUCUUAUUGCUGGUGCCGUGAACAGUGGAUUUGACUGGCAGUUUGCCAUGAAGCAAAAAGACUUGAUUUUCCCCGCAGACCUUGAUUACAAACGAUGGGGAGAAGCAAGGGACACCUCAUCAGCAGAUAUGUCGAAGAAACCUACCUGUGAAAAAUCUCAUGCCUUCGUCAACACUAUUUCUGACAAGCUGAACGGUCUCGUUGAGCCCGAUCCCGAAUCUGCACACCGGUGGCAGAAGCUGUCGGAAACCUAUGCCCAGCAAGUGCUCUCAGCUGCGGUCUCUGGUUCCCGGACAGAGUACAAGCAGGCAGUAUUGACUGGCCAGCGAGAGAACCAAUCCACCUCGCAAGCACCUGAUGUGGAUGGCCAAACGUCAUCCUCUUCGUAUUCUCAGAACAUCGCGCAAGCGCACCAACGGGAGAUCUCCAGCCUCAAAGAUGAGGUAUCCCAGUUGAAAAGAAUGGUCUUUGAAUUGACACAAACCGCGUCCAAAAACCCAACGGCUGCACCCGAACAAGUAUCCUCUGCAACCGAUCUAGGACAGCUGAAGACCCAGCUCUCGACAACAAAAACCUGCCCCCCUGAAUCGCCAGCCCACAUAACUAUCGAAUAUUUGAAAUCAUAG